CAAAUUGUUUGCUGUCUUUUCUAUCUUUCAUCCUUUCCACAUUUCACGGCUCCAAGCGGCGCAGUGCCAUCUCAAAGCAAGCGCCCCAUCCGUUGAUGCCCAGCUGAGGGUCCCGAACUCAUCACCAUCAUCCGAAACACCCUGACCGACUCGACCGACCGCAACUAACCACGCUCGGUCGCGUGUGUGUGCAUUUCCCCAGGGUGUUAAACUUGACAACAGCUGGGGAAUUUCCUUGACACGCGGUAUUCAACAACCGUUGCUAUCACCACCAGCCAACACCACCCCCGCCGCGCAACUACAAGAUGGCACCCCCCAUCGAAAUCUCCAUCCCCACCACGUCCAUCUCCACCCCCCCAAACGGCAAACCCUUCACCCUCUACAACAUCACCCUCCGCCUCCCCUUGCGCUCCCUCAUCGUUCAAAAGCGCUACUCGGAAUUCGAAGCCCUCCACAAGAACCUCCACUCCCUCGUCGGCGCUUACCCCCCCGAGCCACUCCCCGAAAAGUCUUGGUGGCGCACCUCGACGGCGAACUCCCCUGAACGCACAGAAGAGAGGCGAGCGGGGUUGGAGAAGUAUCUUCGUGCCAUUGCCGAACCGCCAGAUAGACGGUGGAGGGAUACUCCCGUCUGGAGGGCCUUUCUGGGACUUCCUGCGGGAAGCAGCACGCAGAGUGGGAUUAGUCUCGAGGGACGGAUCCCUGCUAUUGGGUUGAGGGAGGCGAAUUUGGCUGCUGCUAGCGACCCGGGGACGUGGCUGGAUUUACAUCGGGAAUUGAAGACUUCUCUUCACGAGGCGAGGGUUGCUUUGGGACGGAGGGAUGGGGCGACGGAGAAUAGUGCUAGGGUUGAGGCGGGGAGUGCGGCGAAGCGGGCGUUGAUUAAGGCGGGGAAUCUGAUUGGGAGUUUGAGUGAUGGGUUGAGGGUUAUGAAGGAGGAUGGGGGGAAGCUGGGGGAGGGGGAGUUGAGACGGAGACGGGAUUUGUUGGCGGCGGCGAGGGUGGAGAGAGAUGGGCUGGAUAAGCUGAGUAGUAGCUUUGCUGUUGCUGGUGGGGGGGUUGCGGCUGGGGUGGCGGUGGGGAGGCAUCAGGGGGUUGCGAGUGCGAGUGAGAGGGCUGCGCUUAUGGGAAAUAAUGAUGGGGGGCCGAGCAGUAUUGGGAUUGUGAGGACGUCAACUGGACGGCGGGUGUUGGGUGCGCCGCUGCCGGAGACGGAGAGGACGAGGGAGCUGGAUAAUGAGGGAGUACUUCAGCUACAGAGGGACACUAUGCAGGAACAAGACCAGGAGGUGGAGGCGCUGGCAAAAAUUAUCAGACGGCAAAAGGAGAUGGGGCUGGCGAUCAACGACGAGGUUAACCGCCAUAUUGACAUGCUGGACCGUCUGAAUGACGACGUGGACGUUGUGGGCAGGAAGCUGGGCGUGGCAAAGGAUAGGGUCAAGAGACUUGACAAGGCUAGCAUGGACACCAUCACCACUACUGCUCCCCCGCUAUCCGAGGGAGCUGCUCGCAAUAUGCAAGAGAUUGAACAAGAGGACAACAGCACAAAUGCGGUACGACAGCAACAGCAACAACAACCGGGAGGUGGCAUAAUUGACGCCGUGCUUUUAUUAAUCGUUAGGGGGGUUUUGGCCGGCGUUCAGGGGUAUGCCGUGCUUGGGUGGCUGAUGGGGAAGAUAUCGGCUGCUUUGGUCUGGACGGUGGAGCUGGUGCUGCUGCUUUUGGUGCAGCCGGGUGGUGGCAAUGCGAAUCAUCAUAAUGGAUGACAGAAUGAAUUGCGAAGGAAUACAGUACAUGAGGGAGCUAGGGUUAGGUAUGGAGUAUAUGAUCAUGGGUUUAUCUUUCUGGUGGAGAAGGGUUUUUUUUUGUGCUAGCUCUGGCUUUUUCAUGCAGGAACAGGACAUGGCAUGUGGGGAUGGAUGAUGGAUCGGUAUGUAGAUAGGAUGGGGCUUUUUGCGAUGGGUUGGUUUAUGGACAUGAAGGAGUAGGUUUGUUUUUUGUUCUAAACUUAUAAUAUAUCUGCUUUCUACU